CGCAUGAAAGAGCUUGCCAACUUGGCGCCAUUUUGCAUUCUUUGUCGUUGUUGACUUAUUUUAAGUUAAAUUUUGACUGAUUUCUUCACGAUGACUGCGGAAGGAAGCUAUCUUACCGAGCUUUUAGCCGAAAAGGACAACUUAGAUCCUUCCUUUGUGCAUUCGAUGCGCUUAUUAACAGAAGGUGAGUGGGAAUGCUCUUCAAGUUGAGGUUAAAUCACCGCUCGACAUGAACAUUUGCAUUCCUUAGCGGUCAGGAACCACCAGUUGCUCGCAGCUAAAAGCCUGCUCUUGUAUAUAUAGCUUUACUCUUACUUCAGCUUUUUUGUUUAAAGGCUACUAUAUAGUUAAGGUGUAACUUUCCAAUAUCGUAAAUUAUCUUCGGACUCAUUUUUUACACCGCUUAAGCAUGACCCUCGAGAGAAUUAUUUUGUUCCACAAUCUUGUUGAUCUUGUUUUGAUUUCUGAAUAGUGAUUUUAAGUUUAAUGCAGUGAAAUAUUUUAUGGCCCUGACAUUCAGAUUAUUCAUUUCUGCCGUCCUUCGGCCUUUGGAAGCACCACGUUUAUAUUUCUUUCUGUCUCUCCAAUCGACUGCUCUGGUUCGACCGCAGCUACAGUAGAAUACAAAAGACCAUUGUUGUAAAAGCCAUCCCAAAGUUAUGUUUGGUAUUAUUUGAUUUUUUCCCUAUUUCAUCUGAAAAUCUGUCUCCAACUUAAUCUUUAUUCAAACUAGUUUGAUUUAGAAAUUCCUUUUUUUCCCUAGCCCUAAAAUGAUUCAUAAUAGAGGAGAAAAAUUCUGGUUAGAGUGGUUUGCUUCGUCAGAAUGCAUCGUAAUCUGGUGUUCCUGUGGCAUAAAGGCAGAAAAUUUCGAGCUAUCACGGGCGACUGCCAAUUAGCCGUCCCUAUUAAUUUUAUCAGGGGCAUCUCGGCCAGGAAACUGGACUGCUUUCGACUGGAUUUGGUUUCGAGCUUUAUCAUACUUCAGUGCAAAUUGUGGGAUGCUACAAUAAGCCAUCUUGUAUUAAAAGGCCCAUUCUGCUCCUCAAAACCUCUAAGUAAAGUUUUCUCUGCAUAAAGGACGUAUGUCAACCUAAAUGAGAAUCUGACUGAAUUGACCUGAAUGUUGGAUUGGUACCAUUUUCCUAAGCUGCUAUUUCUCAGUUUGCAUCUAUGAUUUUGUAAGAAUUUUUGUGAAAACUUUACACAAAAAUGAUCCAAUCCAGAUUAGGGCUUUGCAUGGCAUGGAUAGGGUAUUUUGUUUGAAAAUUUGUCCAGUGGUGUGUGAACAUAGGUUACAAGAAAAAUACGAAAUGUAGUCAUUUGAUUGCCAAAAGUAUGACAACUCUGAUUUCAUUGUAAAACAGAUCAUAAUAAAUUUUUCCAAGUCUUUGUUAAUGGUGAUGUAGUUAAUGUUAAACUUGUGAGGUAUUGCCCCUGAAAAUCCGCAUGAAGCCUUAAUUUAUGUCACAGUGCCUUCUUUUUUGAGAGACUUCCAAAUGUAAGAAAAGACUAAGACGAAUAGUGUGCCAAAAUGGCAACAAAUUUAAAUGCUUAGAAAAAAUCUAACAAAAUCGUGUGGUGUUGAAUUGAAAAAUUUUUCUGCCGGGGUUCUUGAAGAACACUAUUAUUUUGGUGUGUACUUUUUAAUUAAAAAAAUAAUGUGUAACCAACAAAAAAUGUGUCUGGAUUUUCUUGUGUCAAGAAAAUAUUUUUGAGAGGCACUUUUUUUCUAUCAUCUGACUAUUUGAAAGCCCUAUUUUCAAAAUUUUCUGUAACUCUACAUUGCAAAACCCUGAUAAGUUUUUUUAGCUCUUUAACUUGUGAAAGACUAGAACAAAUUAAAUAAGUGAGAAGACAAAUUAUUGCUCUGAGUUUUAGUUUUCAAAAGCUGAUUCAGAAUGUUGCUUGCAUUAUAAAAUAAACAAGAGGGCGCUUACAGAGGCCUCCACUCUUACUUGCUUGGAGAUUAGAUCGAGAAAUGAGCAGGCGAUUAAUUCUUCACGAAAUAGGAUUUACUCACUAAAUAUUUUUUACUUCCUACUUUAUCGACGUCAAUACUUUUUACUUGUUUCUGAAUUGAUUUAGUAUGCGUGUUAGCGACAACCAGAAAUACAUCUAUCAUUGAAGGCUAUACGCCUGUAUAAAUACACGAAAAUUCAAGGGCCUUGAUUCCAGAAAAAUUACAUCAUUGCCAGAGAUCAAAGUGAUUUACUUGGCACAUCAUUUCAAUCAUCGCCGAACAUAAAUCGCAUGCUCAUCACAAGACCCAUUUGCAUACAAUGACAGUUUACAACACCCGACCAUGGCAGUUUUGCUAGUUAAGAUUCCUUUUUUUUUUUUUUUACCACUCCCUCAGUGUUCACUUGUUCCAAAGUAAUCGAUGAUUUCAAGCGAUAGAAUUUGUGGACCAACACCUUUNGUCGACUAGUCUCUCUAAUUUAUUUUUCCGCUAGUUUUGUCGUCAAAAGAUCGCGGGCCCUGAUGACACAAGGUUUGUGACGCCCGGAUAACGGAAAACCCACGGGAGGCGCAGGGGCGCGGCACGGGGGGGGGGGGGUCUUUCAGAAAAAUGGGGUGGGGGUGUGCAGCACGCUUCCUGAAACCCUUACCCUAUUUCAGACCAAAAUCUCUGAUUUUCCCUUCCCUAUUUCUGACCUGAUAAAAAAUUUGAUACCUCAUUUCACACCUGAAGCCCUGGAGCUGGCGUGUGACCAGAGCACGUGCCAAGCUGUUACGGCAUGUACACGGUUGGCGUAAACAUUAAAAUGGAAAUGGUCUUAUCGCCAAAUGAUGAAGAAAUAGCUUCUUCCAAAAAACAUACCCAAUUCAGGACUAGAGUGCCCAAACCAUACUCUAUUUCAGCCCAAAAUGGUCAAAAUUGAUACCCUAUUUCAGACCAAAAUGGCUAAAAAAACAUACCCUUUGGUGCUACACAUACCUGUAUAGCCUAUAUAAGCGAGUACCCCCCCGGGGCGAAAAAUGCGUUGCAGAUUAUGAGUCUCUCUGCUUUCUCAAGCAAGACUAAUAAUAAAUAAACAGUGCAAGUUUUUGAAAAAUAAAUUGUUGCUUUAUUAAGAUAACCAGUUCAAUACUGUAUUACAUGUAACACAGCAGUGAUUUUUUAUCUUUUUAUUUCUAUGGAUUACCAGAAAUUAACCGAAUGCAAACUGGUGGUGCUGUCCCUGUUGGACAGGUGAGUGUGAAGCAAGAAAGAAGAGAAGAAACAGCAUCAACCAAUGGUAGUUCUAUACCUGGCUUAUCAGAUAGCCCAGUAGGUACCAACCAGGGACCGCUGACCACAAGUGCAGAGGUAGCACCUACCCCCAGACCACCACCACAACACCAGUUCCGUAGACCAGCAGAUGUAUUUGAUAGCAAGCUCUAUAAACCAACAAAGUUGACUGAAAAAGUGUUCAUACCUGUUAAGGAAUAUCCCAAGGUUGGUUACUUGCAUACUUUAUCGACUGUAUUUGCACAAUAAAAGCUUUUUGCCUAAGGUAAGGAAUUUCUUACACAAAAUCCCUACCUAACCUCAGGAAUCUUAAUCUCGAUCUUAAUUCUUCACAUCCUUGUCAGCCUCUGACAUCUGACCUUGUGGCACUGAAAAUUUAUCAACAGCUUUUUUUUUAUUUGAGACUGGAAACCAGAGAGAAUUGUCUUGAUUAUACGAUGUGGUAACUUUAUGGAUGGUGAAGAUUCUCUUUUGAAAGAGGAAAAUUGUGUUGCAUCUCGAAAGACUUUUGCUGUUUUUAACAAAAAGGGGAAGAUGGAGAUGGACGUGUUGUUGAAGAGGUUCUGGUCUUUGGAGUUCCACCAACUGGCCUCAGUGUACAAGUGACAUGCCAAGCAAACUCUGCUUUUGUGAACAGUGGAAAGCCAUUAUUCACAUACAGUGUCUUUGCUGUAACAAAUGUGUCCAUAAUCUUUGCAUUGUGGCAGGCAUAUAUAGCCAGGCUCAGUAGAUUUAACCUCACCAGUCCCACUUUAUUUGUGUUUUUGUGUUAAAAUUUACUACAAGCAUGUAUCUUAGUCAUUCAUUGUGCAUACAAUGUACCCUUUUUGUGACCAUUAAAGCAUUGACAUUGAAAGCCAUUCCAUUCAUAAUAAUCAAUAGCAAUAUUACAUGUAUUUCUACAUGUACAAUGCUGCUCAGAAAUAUCUGUCCAAAAUUUGCUUGUGAAAGGCAUGUGCACAAUUUGUGUAUAUGCAUCUGUGUCUGAGUAUGUGUGCAUCUCUGACACUUCUGAUUAGUAUACUGUAUACAUAAGCUAGCUUAUUGCCUACUUAUUGCUCUUAUUUUAUGGUUAUUUUUAGCAGACUUUAAUUGUAAGUCAAUGGAUCUUAAACAAUGAAUAAUAUUGAGAUUUGGGCAACUGAGGAACUGUGUACCAGUAACCAUACGUUUAUCUACCUACAGCGUGACUCAAACAGUUGAACAAGUCCGCAUCAUCGGCACUAAAUGAAUCCUUGGCUAAAUGUUUUCACAUCAAUUAUUAAUUCUAGCAUCUUUUCUUUAAAACUGAAAUGUUUUGAUUUUAAGAAUGGUUCUAGAAUGAACACAUAUUUUGGAAAGUAAACUGGGGGUGUACCAGUAGUUCUUUAUCAGACGAAUUUAAUCUCCUUGAUGGUCUAUAGUGAAUUAAGAGGUCACUUAGGAUGGCGCUAGUUGAUUAAGGCAUUUAAAAGUCUUUAGUAAAACUUUAAAAUGAAUACGCUCAUGAACGGGUAACCAAUGUAGAUCUCUUAGCACAGGUGUAAUAUGUUUGUGUUUACGUGUGCCCGUUCGAAGUCGGGCUGCUGAAUUCUGGACGUACUGGAGUUUUCAGAGUUGAUCCUGCUUAAGGCCUGAGAGUAGUAUAUUAUAGUGGUCAACCUUGGAUGUUACGAAUGCGUGGAUCAAAGUUUCACAAUUACCGAAAGAUAUAUGUUCUAAUUUGAGCAAAUUCCCUCUGGUUUGGGUGCCAUGGGACUUCGACAACGAUUUCAGUGAAAACCUAACUUAAAGAUUUAAGGCGGCCAAAUUAUGAUAUUUGAGCUACAAUCCCAGACAAAAGUAGUUGGGAAGGUUGUACAGGUUAAUAGUAGGUCCAUUUUAAUCCUCAAAAAGAGAGUUUUCUCUUUUGCUGGUUAUUCCCCGUCUCCCCUUUCAAUGUUGGGACAUAACAGAACAAUUACACGCACCACCAUUAACAUUUUUCUCAACAUUGGCCCAGGGGCAAGGAGAAGAAGGCAAAAAAGGGGGAAAAAUUAUUGUCUGAGAAAAGGAAAUUAACUUAAAAUGCUUAUAAAAGUUAUUCAGUGUUCAUAUACAAAUUUCUGUCAUUGCAUCGCCCGUCAAUCAUUCAGUUAAUUUCAGAACAGUAAACAUCAUGACUUUUCACAUUACUCCAUUGCAUUACUCCAGAAGAAAAUGCGAAAUAUGUCCGCAAUGAACCGACUCUCAAACAAGAAAAGGGCUAAAACAUGUAAACCCUGUAGGAAUAUGGACAGCUUUCAUCGCAUUUAUCAGGGUUGUCACUAAGAUUUCAAGUUGUUGGGUAAAUACAACAAGUAGGCGGCGAAUCAAAUGGCCGGGGAUUUAGUUUGGUUCUAUUUUUCUUCUAUUUUCUAAUAAAAAUAGCUGGGGGACACUCUCUUAGUAGCCGGGGAAAAUACCCGGGCCCCGGCUCUUAAUGACAACCCUGUUUUAUCUACAGGGGUGAAUUUAACUACUGAUUUCCAACAUUACUCGAUUUAAACAGUGCCCCAUAAAGGUCAAUUAGCAAAGUUAGUGUAAUUUUAACGCCAUCCAUGGAGUAAUGUUGUAUUUUACUUAUAGUUAAGGUAAAAUGCCUAUUUAACCAACUGCCUCACUCAAGUGGAAGUUGGGUGUCUGGGAUACCGAGGGGCUUCCACUGUGGCCAGCCAGCCCCUAGAUAGAAUACUGCCCCCAUGGCUGGCAAAUCCCUGCAACCCAGCCAUGAACCCCCACUCCAGGCACACGUCACACCUGUUAAUAAGGAAUGGGAGGAAGGGGAGAUGCUAAAACAACUGCCCCACAGACCGCUACACAAAGGUUCCACAAAGAACUCGCAGAUCCUAGCAGUGUACUAAAAUACCAAGUACCAUGUGAGCCUGCACUAAUGGGAUUGACCGCUUAGCUUGUGGACCAAUAUUAUUGACCGCUAAGCUCAUAGACCGCUUCGUCAAGCAGUUCAGGAGCUUAGCGGUUAAGUGGUACACGAAACUGCCUGACUGCUAAGCUCGUAGACUGCUUGACUGCUUAGCUCGUUGUCGUUAGCGCUUAUAUGAAGGAAUAAUUUUUGGCUACGAAAAUGGAGUAAUGUGGUGUGUGAUGUUUGCAUUUUUCGCCCUAAAUCAGAGCGUACUUGGUUCCUGUUUUCUGAAACCAGUUUUGAAAAGCAGUGCCACAAUGGAUUAACUGAAUUUGUUCAGCUGGAGAGAGUGGCCUCUAGAAGAAGGCAAAUCUCCACUUGACAUUCAUCAUUACCUUGCUUGCGUGGUAAUGAAUGUUCGUGCUGAAUGUUGCAAAGAGUGUGAGAACAGCUGAGCAGAAAGUCAGGUGCAAUGUCGUGUUCGGAAUGUUUUUGGGAGCUGGCGAAUGCACUAUAUCUUGCUCUAUUUGGAGCAGAUCAGCCUAUACUAUAGUCAAUAGCUUCCACUGAAAAUAAUCUUACAUUUGUACAUGUAUUUUGGCCCUUUUCUGUGCCCUUGACAGAGCAAAAGUUUUACUUACAGGAUUGCAAAAUGUGCAAAUAUAAACAGGCUUAUGCACCAAAAACUGUCUUAGCAAGCUAUGGCAAAAUAUUUUUUUCAAGGGAGUAUCAUUUAUGAGUGUUUUUUGAAGACACUCCUACUGACAGAAAGUCGUUGACCUUUGAUCAUUUAUGGCCACUCCGAGAAUUUUCAGACAAUCCUGGAGAAAAGUAAUUGGGAAGGUUUUACAACUUACAUACAGUGUAGUUGUAACAGUAGUCUAUUUUAAUCCUCAAAAAAGAGAGUUUUCUGUUUUGCUAAUUAUCCCCCGUUCCCCCUAUUCAAUGUUGGGAUAUAACAACAAUUACGCGCACAGACAUGAAUGUUUUUCUCAACAUUGGGCCAGGGGUAGGGGGAAGAAGGAAAACAAGAGGUAAAAAGUAGCAGCCUUCCCAACACUUUUGAUGAUGAUUGUAGUUAAAAUUUUUUAAGGUGAGUGAUGAUUUUGAUGAAGACUAAACUUUCAGAAAUUUGUCUGCAGUGACUUCUUUCAGAAAUUUCAGGGAAAGUUAGUUAUUAAUGCAUGCAAAAUUGGUGGCCUAAACUGACAGUGCUAAAUUUGUUCAUUAUUUUGUUUGGGCCAAUAUACAUGUAACCUGAUGCACUUCCAUGAUGCUUGUUGCCUAGCACAUGAUCUUAAUACAACACAAAUAAGUGUAUACAAGCAAUUCAUUUCUUUUAAAAUUUCUAUAAAGCAGUGUUACGGCUACAGUCAUCUGAGUAUGCAAAUUCCACGGACUUCAGGACUUCAGAAUAAUUAUUAGGGAGCUUUAAGCAAGGAUGAAGACUAAACUUUGAUCAAAUUAUAUAAAUUUGAUCAAUUUGAUCUGCCUUCAGGUCCCUUCUCUGAAGUUGUGAUUCAUUUCAGAAAUAAUGUUCACUCAAGUACUGCAUGGAUGGGUGAUUAUCAGCCAAGACUCAAGAAUCGAGUCGAGAUUGCAGUAAAUUUCAUCUGCCAGUGGCUGAAUAAAAUUUGAUCUGUCUGAAAUUCAACUCAUCCAAAAACAGACAUUCGUUUCAGUUAGAAAAGAGUAGUCUUUUGUUUAGCCAAACAACAAUGCACAAGGAAAACUAAUGACCAUGAAUAACCCUUCAUAUUAAUGUUAUGUGAGCUCAAACUUUUUUUGAACUUAGCACAACACUUUAUCAUAUUGAUAACCGUAUGACCACAAAAAAUGUUGAUUGGCUAGUACUAAAUCAUGCUUUGUAGGGUUAGAAGUCUUUAGUAAAAGCUUCUUUGUUUCUCUCUCUUUUACUGCUCUCUUCUCUUCUCUCCUCCCCUCUCCUCCCAAAAAAACUGCCUGAUACUCAGGCUAUAUUCACUGUCACCCUUUCAUUUUAACCAUUUUUGGAUUUCAGUGACUCAUUGACACAUUGAUUUAAUGUUGUGGAAUUUCUGUAGUUUAACUUUGUAGGAAAACUGCUCGGACCAAGAGGCAACACUUUUAAAAGACUACAAGCAAGCACUGGCACUAAAAUGUCUAUUCUGGGAAAAGGAUCUAUGAGAGAAAAGGAAAAGGUCAGUAAUCAGUUUUUGUAGAUAGCAGACUGGUAUUAACCGAUGGAAAGUCAAGUAAAGAGGGGAAAUAUCGCAAACUAUUGUCACCGUGAAAUCCUAGGGUUUGCCAUACAUACAGGAAGCAAACAUACGCAUCUGCUUUGAAAUGCAUCAGUGAACAUCAAGACUCUUUGUUUAGAGGUGUAUUGUGUGCAAAAUCAAACUGGAGGAUCAGCACAUGCCAAACUUUUGCAUAUAACAUACUACACGAGUGAACUGUAAAACUGUCUGAGUGUAAAAAGCUGAUGCCCAUAAAUUUUGAUUACAGUGGAGAUAAGAAGUGCUUUUGAUUUUUUAAAACUGCUCAUACAGUACCCAGCAAAACUCAAACACUUUGUAAAUUGAGAUUCCCUUAGAAACAAACAGUGACAUCAAAUAUGCAAAUACGACAGUAACAUCAAACAUCGUAACUAAAUAUUCUUCCUGUUUACCUAAUUGACUGAUUGAUGUGAAAAGAUUUUCAUGAGUUAGAGUUCAAAUCUCCGCAUCGAUGAAGCUUUUACAACGUAUUGACUCUAAGAAUGAAAGGGAAAUCUUUUAAGUCUUUCGUGUUAGCACAAAAUGCCACCUCACUGGCGCGGUGCAUGGUUGAAAAUUCCUCAAAGAUCUCAGAAAGGUUCAAAAGAAUUUGAUAACUUCAGAAAUGAAUUAAAAGUGCAGCUAAACAGUCUAAACCUGACACAUUAAUUUAAAAAAAAUGAUGCCAUUUGUUUAAGGAGAAAAAAUGAGAAUAUUUUCAGUUUUAUUGCACCAUUUCUCUGCGUGAUCAGUUUGAGUUGCUGGUUUCACAUAAAUGUCGGUGAUCCCUAUGAAGAACUUCAUUGGCUAGCCUGUGACCGAAAGUCUACUCUAACAAAAGUUGACUUAUCAAGUCUGCAUGUCUUACACCAUACAAGCAGUGUGAUAUCUACAUGUAGUUCAGAGCUGUCAUUAAGUUUCGUAACCGGUAAUACUCAUUAUGGCUGAGCUCACUUGUUGUUACAGGUGAUCAAAGUUGAAAGCUGAAGGUGACACUGUAAAUAUAUGUGAGAUGUUACGGGUGAAUCUCCAUUUGCUACGGCUGUUUUAAAACUUAAUGACAGCCUUGUAGUUCUUCCUCAAGCCCAAAGUUAGAUUUCUGUUUCGUCAGUGUGAUGGGUGCCUGGAAUGGGGGCUCAUGUCUGGAUUGUGGAGAUUUGCCAGCCAUAUAGGGGCAGCAUUCUAUCAAGGGGCUGGCUGGCCACAGUCAUUGGAAGCCCCUUGGUAUCCCAGGCACCCACCUUCCACUUAAGCAAGGCAGUUGGUUAACAAUAAUAACACGUCGCCAAAUUUAUCUUGAUUAAUUACGGCGUAAGUCCCUCAUGCCUUGAGAAUGAGGGAUUAUCGAGCUUCUUCAAGGCCGUGUAUUUGAUUUUUUUUACAACAAUGCCACACAAAGCAAAGGAAAGACAGUGAAUAACACAAGAAAAAUCUUUUCCUGCCUGACACAUGUCAGGUGAUGAAUUUUAAUGCUGUCUUGCACUUAGCACUAGUGUGUGAAGGUAUGGAAGGGAGGCUGUCUCCCUUUCAUAAAUGUAUUAGCCUACUCUCACAAUAUUGAUAGAAAAUUAUGAGCUAGUUAUUCACACAGUGCUGUUCAUUGAAACAGUGCUUUUUUUCUUUCCAUGUCUCUUCUACACAAUGUUACAUGGGUGUGGAGUGAAUCUGAGAAAUAAACUUGUUUCACAGGAAGAAGAGCUGCGUACCUCUGGUGACCCAAAGCAUGCUCACUUGGAGGAAGAUCUCCAUGUGCUGAUUGAAGUGGAGGCCCCUCCAGGCCAGGCUCAUGCCAGAUUAGGUCUUGCUAUUGAAGAGAUUAAGAAAUUUCUUGUUCCUGUAAGUACAUGUACUGUGUGUUAUGAAUACUGACAAACAUGUAAUACAAGCAGCACAAUUUGUUAAUAGUGUUCAAUGUCAAGGCUGCUGCCUGAGGAACAUUUCUAGGAGCAAAUUAAUUGAUAAACUUCAAAUUUAUUAGGGCAUGAAUAGAAGCAUAGUUAAGGUUCAGCAAACAUUCAAUGGCCAAUUUCCGUUUUUCCAGUUUGUAAAUUUUGUUUCCUCAACCUCGUCCAGGGUGCCAGAGGUUUUUUUAACGUAAUUUGCAUUUCGAAAAUGGACCUCUGGAGCCAGGGUAUCUCAACCUAGUUGUAAUUAGUUUAUAGGGAUGACUUUAUCGACAAUGUCUGUUUCCCCUUUGCUGUAAGUUGAUGGUGUCAACCUAUCCUCAAAACUUGAUUCACACGUCUCUAAACUUGAUUUGUUUGAGGUUUGAGACGCAUGAAUCGACUUUUGAGUCUUGAGUUUCAAGACACCAGCAUUUUUGGAUUUUAAUCACCCAAAAGGAUUUCGAGAAAACUUUUUUUCUUGAGGAAAAAUACAAUAAACCAUUCACCAAUCAGCCGUUUGCACAGAUGCUACUUUAUACAUGUAUAUUUAUGUGAGGUUUUUAAAGUUAUUAGGUGAUGAAAAAGGACCAACGAAAGGAUUUUUGUCUUGAAUUUUGGAAAACUGACUCUGUAUUUUUGUAUGAAGUCUUUUCAAAGUGUUAUUAUUUUUGGUGCACAACGUCUUAAGGUAUCUAAUCUCCAAGCAAGCGAGACUUAAUUUGCAAGUGUUCUUGUUGUACAAUAAAGAGUCGGCUGACACGUAAAGGUUUAAACAUAUAAUCACAAACCCCCAUGAUCACAAUUUUUGUGGAAAUGAUCAACUUUAACUUGCAUUUACACCACAUAAGUUCACCUGUCCUUCAGGACAAACAGCAAAUUAUGUGGAAAUGUGUAAUGAUCACUCAAGGCAAUUGUAGUACAGUCAAAUGUUGGCUCACAAAUGAAAAGAUGUACUUGAUGAAUAUAAAAAUCAAUACUGAUGUUGAUAUCAUAUUUUGGUAUCAUAUUUGCCAAACAACUACCGUGGAUGCCAUUAAUGCCACCAGCACUGAUCCAUAGGAAUUUGGUCAUAUUAACAGGGUCAUAUACUGUAAGUGGCUGUUUUCCUUAAGUGGCAUCAUGACAGUUACAUUCCAGUUGCCUUUCAAAACUACUGGUUAAUAUGAAUGUGAGAGACACUUUAAGUUGUAAACCUUCAUUAUUUUUUUCUCAUGAUUCAUUGGUUUAAAUGAGCUUGUUAAUAAGGUGAAUUUUUAAGGAAGGAUUUCACGAUGUGGCCAUUGGCAUUUCAACAGUUUUCACUUGAAAUUUACAAUUAUUUUAUCAUUAAAGUGUCUGCAUUUUUAUCUUAAUGGAGUUUAAUAGACAGGCAACACAAUCGUGUUAAAAUUCUUUUUUGGUAAGCUUGAAUUUUGGUAUUUUAAACUUACGCAUUCGCCUUCACCUUCUUGUUUUGGUUAUACACUGUAAUUUUCAUGAUUAUUUGGCUUAGGGCAAAACUAAGAGUUGGGAGUCUUGCAUCUUGGAUGUAUAGCCGAAUAACUGGUACAGCUCAGAGAUACAUUUACAUGUACUAUGUAUGUUACAAACUGUAAAAGUUUGAUAACCUUAAAGCUUUCAAAAUUUACUUGUGCUUCUCAAAUUAAAAGUGAGGGCAAAGAAGUGUGUGUCAUUGAACAGUAAGUACAGUGUCCUUAAUCAAGAAGUUGACAUAAGUAAUAAACUGGUGUAACUUUGUUGUUAGGAAAACAAUGAUGAAAUCCAUCAAGAACAGAUGAGAGAAAUGGCAAUACUUAAUGGUAUGGAAGAACCAGCAGCAGCGCCUGUACCAGUUGCCACACCUGUUCUAAGAGGUCGUCCACAUGCCAGAGGAGUCCCACAUCACCCUCAUCAUCCUGUACACCCUGGUAGAGGUGCUCCUGUUCCACGUAUAGCUUCUAUUCCAAGGGCUAGAGGACCCCCUUUAGGACAUGUGAGUGUCAGUGCAGCGCGAUCUGCAGCAGGACUAGGACCAUCCUCACCCACUGUGGCUCAUGCUGCACCAAGGGCUGCUGCAGCACCUGGUGAUCCUUACGCAGUAUGUUACUUUCUUUUCCUGUAUUUUGUUGUUCUGUUUUUUUGUGUGGAAUCCCUAUUCAGUCUGUAUCAGAUUGAAUUGAGACCACUUUCAGUUAGCACUCAUUUUAUAAUUCAUUCUUUGGUUGACCCAAUGCAGGGUUUAAGUAGGUAGUUGUGACAUGAAAUUGCGAUUGUGAAAAUUCUACAUUUCAAAUAAAGAGAUUACUGAAAUACUACAAUGUGCAACAAAGCUGUCUUUGGCCGCACAACAUGAAACCUUUUUCACUAACCUGGGAGUUGGCAGAAGAAAACAAAGCUCUGCCUUUCUUCUUGGGUGUGGAAGCAUUUAAAUUUUUUUACUAUUUUUGCUUUUAAAGGUUAGAACUGGAAUUUCCCAUGUUUGAAAAAGUUUAGUUUAUUGAAGUUUAUUGAUCUUCAUAGAAGUUACAAAUUAAAUUAAAUUAAAUUAAAUACACGUACAAACAUCCUAUCCUUUCAAAAAGCUUGCCUAAUCGAGGCGGGCAGAGGAAAACAUAAAUCAAUUUACUAAGAAGAAAAAAAUUAAUUAAGCAAAGGAAAGGAAAAUUCUGUCAAGAUCUAAUUUUUACGUAUGUGCUGCUUACUGGCACAUGUGUAUGUUGUAGUUAAUUUUUUUAUCUCAGGUAAUUUUUGUUUCUCUUUUGUUUGUGGGUAUGGUAAUCUAUGCUAGUGAAGUUGAAAUGUAUUGAAUCUUACUUAAUUGGUUUUCUUUCUGAUUCUGUUCAGAUCACCUUGUGUGUAUAAUCAGAAACCCAUAAGGGGUCCCAUUACGAGUUUCUGGUAUAAUAAAACAAUUAUUCUUUUUGAUCUUGAAUAGUACUGUAGCUUGUGGGACAAAUUUCUUGAUUUCAAACAAGUUUGAUAUACUAAGGCUUAAUCCCAGAUACCAGGGUAAAAUAGGUGACUGGAACAUGAAAAAAACCAUAAACACUGACUAUUAACUGCUUAAAAGUAAGUUAUUACCUUCUCAUGAGACUAGACUUGUCACAAGAGAUGAGAGCCUUAUCUAGUGAGACAAAGGCUUGAUGUGUACCAGAAAGUAAAGAUUCUUUAAAAUUGUCUAAGUUUGUAACAGAAGUGAUGUGUGAAUUGUGAGAAGCAUUAAUUAGCACUUGUUGCUGUGGACCUGUGAUCAUGUUUUGAACUAAUGUUAUUAAUGCACAAACACAAGACAAUAGACAAAGAAGUUAGUUCUUCAAAAUUUUUAUUUAAAAAACUAGUACCUUUGUACUCAAAAGCAUUUCACAUAACAUUUACUGAUCAUGGAUCCAUUCUUUCACUUAAAUUAGCUGAGCACUUGGCAAAAAUUAAUUUAACACUAAAUCCAUCUCAAAUGGCAGUGCUUUCCUACAUGUAAAUUUCCUUUAAAGGUAAUAUUGCAUUGUAUAAAAUGUCUACGAAACAUUUUAAAAUACAUAAAUCCCAUUAAAAAAAUGUUAUGUCUUUGACCAUAAUGUACAAAAGGUACCUGAAAAGACUCGUCUGUCUUGAUUUCAUUUCAUUCAAAGGCAAAAGCCUGUCUUUGUCUCAAAACGAAAAAUAAGCAUUAUUUCGAACAAUUCAUCUGCAUGUACAAUCAUUCUAGUCUUUUGAAAUACACUGCAAGUGUCACUGAACGUUUUUUUCAAGCUUGUCAUACAUGUACUAUUUUAUCUAUACUGCAAGUGCAGAUAUUUUCUGGUUAAUGCUUCUCUCCGCAAUUAUGUCUGCAUAUGGAGGCUAGUUGUUAUUGAUGUUUAUACUUCAGUCCAGAUACAAAAGGAUAAGAAUCUGUCAAACCCAUCUGAAUUGUACAAAUUUCUCCAAUUUCAAAGUGGAAUUGAUUGGUGACAUUCAUCUGCAACCUUAAUUCCACUGGUACAAAGUUGAAUGUAUCACAAACCCUGAUUACUGCUACCAUUGACUCCCGCUAACUGGAACCCUCACUAACUCGAGCCUCACACUAACUCGAACCAAAAUUUAUUUCCCCUGGCCUUCAUACAUUUACUGUAGUUUUAUCCUUGGUACAUGUAACUUGAACCCUCAAUAACCCGAACCUCCCAGUAACUCAAAGUAUUAUUUUGGCUCUCCUUCAGAUCAUUUCUAUAUAAUUUUACCCUUGAUAACUGAAACCAUGUUUUAAGUCAUGACAAGUCAGGAAAAAAUUUUACAUUGAAUUUUUUUCAAAAGAAGUAUGUUUUCUUUGACUUUACCUUUUUCUCAUUCCAAUUCUGACAAAUACAAUGUCCAGCCCUGUAUUAUUAUUCAAGCUUUGUUGCUUGAAUUCCUCUUCCAAAAUAUCAAUACCUCUUGCUGUCCUUGAAGUGAAGUGUGCAUGAUACUGUCUUGCAUUCCAUCCCCAUCCUAUAUGCUUAUUUCCUUAUUUUCAGUUAUUUUCUUUGAGCUCCCGAUAACUCGAACUCCCAAUAUUUGGACUUUUUUAAAAGUUAUCGUGAGUGACUGAAGUUGUAUGAGAUUGUUGAACCAUUUUAUUUCAAAACCAGGUUUUUCACUUUUCCUAUUAAAUUAAAAUAAUUUUGAUAGCUGCAAAAAUAAAAAAACAGUAUGUAUAGAAUGCAAGUAAAGUUGUAUCGUAUGUUUAACAUUUAUAUUAUGGAUGUAAAUAAGAAAAAAACUAGUGAUCUGAGUUUAAAAUGUUUUUACACUGUUUAUAAAAAUAAAACUGUAACUAGCAAACCUAAGCAAAUUUCACUUGUGUAGGCAAUGCGUGCUCUUCCUACAACAGUUGUACAACAGUUGCUGACUCCUGGGGAACAAGCCAUUGUAAGUUUGAGGUCAUCAGUAACCAAGAUAAAAGUAAUGAUAGAGCUAAAUUGAAAGCAAAACUUGUCACCAAUUAAUAUUUUUUAAACAGUGAGACAUGAUCAUUUAGUACAAUAAUAAAAUAACUUAUGCUAAGCAGUAACAGAUAAUAAAUUAUAUUAAUUACUGGUACUUGUUAGAAGAUAAACCCACCUUUAUCUGCCAAGUUACAUCUAUUUUAAAUCAGUAGGAGUGUGCAGUUAAUUUUUUGUUAUUAGGUGCUCCUGUGUUUUCCUUGCUUUCUUGUUGAAGUCUACAAAUUAUGUACAAUGUAUGUCACAGUGAUUUUGUUACCUCUUCAUCCUUCUCUCUGAAGAAAAACAGAAUCUCAAAAUACAGACUAUUAUUGGCACACAUCCUGUAGGAUGGAAAGAUCGAUAAAUUGCCCUGAAGUCUUGUGACUUUAAAUUGAUUUUAAAACCUAACUAAUUCGAGGAACCAAUUUUAUAAUUUGCCGUAAAAUAGGUCCGUCCACUGGGAGUUUCUAACUGAAAUUAUAAACUGGAAGGUAUUUCUGCACAUACUCGGACAGUGCACUAAAAUUUCUAAAUUUUUCUAUCAGAAAGCUGACUUCAGAUUGUAGGUCUGCUUACUUGAAAGACCCUUAUUCAUUCAAAAUAUUUCCCCGAUUCUGAUUGGCUAAAAGCACAUGUUUAAUUCACCAUAACCAGCCACUGAUGACCAAAUUUGGAAGAAAUUUGACUUUAACGAGGAAAUGACGUCAAAAAUGCAGCGUUUUCGCAGGUUAAAUAUUGGACUCAGUUAUAUUGGGAAUGGCGCCCAUGGCAGUUUGUAACAAAAUCACUUUGUUAAUAAUAAAGAAGUGUUAGCCCUUUUUGGGGUCUCUAUCAAAACUAAUGUGAUCAAUUAUUUUCUCAGGGUUAUGAGUCUUAUGAGCCAGGACUUGAAUACGAGGCUGCUUUUCCUGAACAUGGGUAAAUACCCACUCUCCAUUGUUAUUCAUGAUAUUGACAUCAUAUCAUUAUUCUGAUAAGCCUGUACCAGUGAACAGUUAGGAAGUGGAUAUUUUGUAUUACAUCUAGACUACAGAAUUCACCUCACCCACUUGACACGACUUGUUUUUUUUCCUAUGUGAAUAAUUUAUCAAAACAGUUUUGUAAUUUUUGUAAUUAAUUAAUUGGAAUUUACAGGGAGGCGCUAUAUUAUGAAUAUGGACAGCCAGAAGUGUACGAAACAGCUUAUCCAGGUAAGAAUCCUCUCUUGAGUGAUUUUCCAGCAGACAGUUCAAACAGUCACGUUUCAAUAAUAAGUAAUAAUUACAACAAAACUGUAUUAUUUCCUAGUGUGGCCAUCAGGAUUGGGCUAAUAAAAAAUAGACUGUAAACUUAUUUUAAACUUUUGAAAAUUUAAUGAUUGACAAUAUACUUUAAUGGCAAAUCUAAACAUGAGUUUUGUACAGCAUUUAAAUCCUGAGGACCUUUGUUUUGUGCGUCAUUAGUACAAUAUUUCAUGUUAGUUGCUGUGCACGUAAAUGUUUUGAAAGUACUAUAAUUUUCUGUUUUAUAUAGGAAACAAAAAAUUAGUAAGUAGACUUUGCGUAAUUACUGGUUGACCUAGUAAAUACUGUAAUUUGUGUGUAACAAUUUGAUGGUAAAAUAUUACAUAUUUAUGACUCAUGAAAGAUGAACUUAAUCUCUGAAAUAUAAAGGCAAUUUGCAGCUUGCAUUACCAAAAACGUUUUAAGUUAAUUUGACCUUACUUCCAGUCCUGCUUUGGGGAAUUUCCGGGCACUUCUUUUGAAAAUAUUUUUUUUCUGUUAGAACAGUUUUUUUGUUAAGGUUUAUGUCCUAAAUAUACAAUUAAUACAAUGACUAAAUUUUACUCAUAAUAACUAAAGAGCUUCCGGUAAUUUAUUUCAGCUUGUCAGUAAUGUCUUAAUUUUAAACUCACCUUAAAUUCUUAUUUUAGCUCCAACCAGAGUUCCAGUGAGUUCAUCUGCAACGUUCAAGGCUCCUCCUGCUCGAACUGUCAAGAAAAUUGUUCGUGAAGCAGCUUACCCUUACUGAACCACAUAUAAACUUUUUUAGGUUUCUUAUCCCAAAAACAGCUUUGUUGGUACAAAUUGUAGAGAAUCGAAUCUUGUCUUUGUUCAAAAGGUGGCAGUAUGCAGCUGCAUUGUCGUUGAAAAUUAUUUAGAUAAUUAUAGAUAUUUUCAUACUUUGCAUUUGAGUGCAUUUUAAGUCAUUUUUUGGAAAAUGUUGACAUCUUAAUUUUAUCACGUAAUUAUAUAACCCUAUAAUACAAGGGUAAUUCUGUACACAGUUUUCACAGUAAAGUUAGAUUAACAUGUGGAUUAACUGUAGUACCUGUAAGGUUAGGUAAAGAUAAACUAACAACCAAUAUUAUUUUCACUAAACAGUUAAAAGACUACCUUUUGCCUUAGAAAGCCUAAACAUGCCACUUUUAUUCCCUUUUUUUCAUUUCUCAAACGGUAAGUUAAUCAUAACCUGUUUAGUAAAGCCAUUGUCGUGAAGCUACUCAAAAGUAUUGAAUAUCUGCUUAACAUAAGUGUGAUUGUUUAUUUGAUACUCAACUGUUUGUUUAAAAAGAUUUAAAUUCCUCUGGUAAUCUAAAGUUUUGGUAAACUGAAAAAUGAAUUUCACCUCAGGAAUUAAACAAACAUAAACUUUAACUGUUUUAAAAAUAUUUUUGAAAUUAUUUGCAAGCAACUUAGACCUUUAAACCACACGUAAACUUGUGUAACAUUUCAUUUGUGAUAAAACUUUAGUGUUAAAUUUCAGUAACUUAAAGUUGUCAUGAUUGAAAUCGAACUGAAUAAAGACAUUAACAACCUUACUAAACAGUCUGGUCUUAGCUUUUAAUACUUGAAUUAUUACUUUAUGCGUUCUCAGUUUAAAAAAAAUGUUCAUGUCAGGAUAUAACCAUAAAGUAAAUACUUUGUGUGGAGUUUAACCGUCUGUUGAUUUUGAAAAACUCAGUAAACCCACAAUGAGACAAAGAAGUCAGGUAUCAUUAGUCAACUAUUAUUUUUAUACAGAGCAUGUUAAAUGCUGUAACUUGGAAUAGACUCAUAAGAACUAUUUUGUGAUAAGAUGAUUAUUUUUCCAAAAUAAAUUAAACCAAUACUUUGGUCAUAAAUGCGCCCCUAGGGAAAGUUUUUCAUCUAUUUUUAUAAAGUUAAUGUGAUGUUUAUGUUUUUGAACCAUUUGUUUUUUCACUACUGUUAACAAGCUACAAAGCAUUUUGAGUAAAGCUUUUUUCUACGCUUAUUUCAAAUAAUAAAGGCUCAUUUGUUUUUUAACUGAGUGAAGUGGGUAUUGUUUACAGUGAGAAUUGCUUAAAACAUUUCAUGACCAAGUGUAUAAACAAAAUCUAAGGUAUUUAACCCGACGUGGUAAGGGUUAAAGCACUUUUGAGACUCCAUUUGCCCCAGGUAUAUUUCUGGCUUUCUACUUGGGAAAGCAGCUAUUUAAAAAGUUAUAUGCGACCAGUAAUGAAGGCUCAUAUUCGCCCCUCCCCACAACAAGAACAAAUUCAGUAAGUUACCAACACAGAAGGGCAAAAUAGAGCAAUUUGUCACAACAUUUAGCAUCUUUUUUGCUGGUUAUGGACACGUCUAGAAAAAGAUGGAGUUUUCAAAAUGCCCUCUGAGUGGAUCUUUUACAGUGACUUUUGCAAGCUUACUGAUCUCCAUAACAAUAUCUUGUAUUAAACGUUUCUAAUCCCUCUCUACUUACUUGUCUGCCUGUAUGUUAAAAAUGGCGGAGGUGGCUUGCUUGAUAAUUUCAUAAGGUCACCAAAGUGCUCCUUAAACCUGACCAAAAAAAUUGUGUACUUGAAGUAGAUCAUAAAUUAACUCAACUAUACUGCUGUACCAGGAUUUUGAACAUCUGGGGAUUAAGAUCUGCUAUAAGUACUUAUAGCCAAAUGUUAACAGUAGCUAGUUCCAGGGCCCAGAGUAGUGCUGUCAUUUCUAAACGAAAUCCUUAUUUGUAAAUCAUAAAAGCCAAAUUUCAAAGUGAUUCUAAAUCUUGUGGUUGUAGGACCAUUGCCAUGUAAUCUAACACCAGAAAACUCAUAACAAAGUCGGAAUAGGUGUAACAAAAUGCUAAUUUUUUGAAGACUCGGUCUGCUACCUAAUAUGGAAAGUAAGGCUUUUGAGAGCAAUCUGAGGCUCGAGGAAGACUCCAUUACUGAUGGCUAAUGAUAUGAAAGGUAAAUUGUUUUAUUGCUUACUUAGUUAUUCAAGAAUAACCUCAGUAUUAAAUAAAAUCUGUAAUUAUUUAAGGUGGAUUACAUUCUUUUUCAAAAGAACUGAAUUGAAAUGCAAAUUUACAAAACUUGAACUGAAGAGCAAUGCCCAGUUGCUUUUAUGUUAAGGUAGCAGUAACCUGGGAAAUUUUCUUGUAAAUUUAAAUCUAAUGGAAGCCAAACAAUGUAAAAACUUGUUUCACUCAAAUGAAAAAGUUAACAUGUUGAUAAUUUGAAACUGAAUGUUGUAAACACUUUGUGAAUGCUAUAGUAUGUAUUUUUAAUAAUGCGUGAACCACAAUUUGAAAUAAUAUAGCUUCUCCUGGAGAUGAAAGGAAAGUGGUAGAAAUAUAAUAACAGAUCAUAUUGUUGCUUUUAAGUGUGAAAAAUAGACUUUACCAUACCCAUUUUUGCUUUCAUUUUCUCUAGUGAAAUGGAGGAAAGUUCACCGUUAAGUGAGUUGACAUCAGUGUGUUGAUGUGUUCCCUUGCCUUCCUAAUAAACUUGUAUGGAGGAAAACAUGUGACUCAGUUCCACUGGUUCCUAUUUCUUUGGGGAUUUUAUGGUAAGUAUGUAUUGAGAUUUACACGUAUAUUGUGUACUGUUGCUAGUUGAUGGUAAGUAGUAAUACAGAUGCAGAUGAUGUUUUCGUGUUAUUUGGAGUAUGUAGGUGGGGCUGUUAUUAAGGGCUGGGGGCCAGAGAUUUUCCCCGGGUAUUAAGAACAUUUCCCCUGGUUACUUAAAUUGAAAGAUGGAGGAAAAAUGGAGCAAAAAAUAUCCCUAGCUGUUUGGUUCCCUGCCUACUUGAUGUAUUUACCCGGCAGUCAGUCUUUGCACAACCCUCGCAACCCUCUUGAUUCAUUUUUGAGUUAGUAACCGGGUUAUUUUGUCUUUGCAUAGCCAUGACCAUUCUCACCCAUUUUUUUAAGUUCUGCACUGAUGUCACUGAUGCCAAACUGCUAAGCUGUGGCGCUGCUGUCUUGUGUGACGUCACUGUUGUUCUUAUGUGCAAUUUACAUUCACUGACGGGUGAGUGACUGACAUCAGUGAAAGUAUUUUCUAAGCAUCUUCCAAAUUUGGACAUCACCAGCUAGUUAUGAAGAAUUAUGCUUAAGGACUGACGUUGAAAUUUGGAAUUCUGACACUGCGGGAGAAAUUAUUAUCUUGAAAAGUUUAUUUUUUGUGUCUUUCCACGUUCAUUUCUCAUGUUUAUUUCUUUUUGUCUUUUGUUGCCAAGAAGCUGUCUUCUAUCAAAGACCUGGAGGCUUUUAUCACAGUAACUGGUUGCCUUGACAAACAAGACAGGUCAUAAAAUCUUUUAAAAAAUCACGCACUCGCAAAACUAUUAUUCCUGGUGGUCACGUUUUUGGAAGGGCGACUUAUAAUGUGCACGUGCUAUUAGAACACGUUUCCCUGUUAUUGUACGCAAGAUAUUUGUCAUUAUUGGGCUGCGUGUGGGAAAGCCCAGUGAGGUUCUGAGUAGCGUGUAUGUCAAAAAAAGGCAAAAUGGCGGACGCAUAAUCGGGAGGAUGUUUGUCGUCCAGCGAUUACUUGACUUUUGGAGGAAGGGAGGGAUAGUCAUUUCAGACUGACUGAGAUAAAUACAAACAGACUUGACUUAAAAUUAUUCAAAGUAUUCAAUCGCGAAACUGGCAGACCAAUGUACCUCCAUUAUGGGGGUCUUAUUUUUUAGGGCUGCAAACCGUUGGUAGCAAGCAUUUUCUAACAGAAAUGGUUCGGUGACAUUACAAUAGACCUCAUUCACAUUGUUGCCCUUUUAGAAACCACGUGACACUAGUUUUAUCCCCUCAGUCCUGAGGGCGUGGAAAGGUGGCGAUUAUUGUGAAUAAGGUCUAUUAUAAUUUUCCAAAAACAUGCGAACAUACGUACAUAUAAGGAAUAAUACAUUUAUUUAUUCAACUCGGGUAGAAUUUUUGACCUGUCGUACCAAGUGCUAAUCUAGGCGAGCCUUGCCUUAAUCAAACAAGUGAAAAAACGUUGAUUGUAGCCUGAGUAUCAGGCCUUCCUAAGGGGAGAGGAGAUUUUUUCGCUCUCUCCCUUUUUCGCUUCUUUUUCCAUUUCCUCCAGAAAUGCCUGAUACUCCGGCCACGUUGAUAUUUAAAAGAAAUUCUCCUCAAUGUGUUGAAUGUUUCGCAAGCUGUGUGGAGAAAAGGAGAAACAUUCUUCAGCUUCACGAUUGGCUAUUGCAUAGGAAGCCUUCGCUCAGUUUAUGGAACCUCAAAAUAACAAGCGGGGUCAUAAAGUAAUAGAAUUAACUGUUAACGUAAGAUGGCAACGAAUUAGUCGUAGGGCGUUAAACUUGAUAGCUUGUAAAAUGUGUGCUUUUCCCCUCAGAUUUCUAUUAGUCGUAAGUAGGUUUGGAUAAAUUCUGCCGGCAGAAUUUCGAGCAGAAUAAGUGAUUUUUGAGGCGAGUAUUCUGCUGGCAGAAUAAUGCAUUUUCGAGCACGAUUUGAGCAGAAUAUACGGGAAAAUCAGCAGCACUAAUGAUAUGCAUAACAGUUGUAAGAAAAAUUUAAAACUAAAUAAAAAAACAAGUGGAAAAUAACUUGUGAUUAAUUUGAAAUCAGAACAUCCAAUUUAUUCAGAAAAGGAAAAUAAAGCUCAUUUUCUCCGAAAAACAAGAAAAUUGGAAUUUCAAUCAUUUUUACUA